AAUUUUUUAAAAAUUUAUAAAUGGAAUAUUGUUGAUUUGCUGUAAUAAUUACGAAGAAAAGUUUUCAAUUUAAACAAAUUUAAUGCGUCUCCAGCAUAAAGCUUUAACUAUCAAGAUAAAAGGAAUUAAACAAUAAAAAAAUUUUUUCUCAACUUAGUUAAUUGGUAACAUAAUAAUUUACUAACCCUUUAGUCAAAAGGUUCUUUCAAAUAAUUGAAGCGGCAUAAAAUAUAGCACUAAUUAAAGCAAAAAAAAGCAACAUUAAAGCAACAUUAAGGCAACAUAAAAGUAACUGAAACAAUAACAAUACUACAAAAUAGCAGUGUGCAUACAAUAAGAAAAAAAAAGAUUUUCAUCUGAAAAAUGAAAAUUCAUAGCAGUAAAUUACUGACGCGACAACGUCACAAAAAAAUAAUCUCUUUAUUUAAUCUAAUUGUUGUAUUAGAAUUAUUUUCAUUUAUUAAAAUGGUACCAGCUCCAACAAGUUCCAAUAGUAGUAAUAAUCCAAAUAGUAAUAUACAUUUAAAUUCGAAUAUUAAUAGUAAUUUAAAUAAUCAAAUGAUUCAUGGUAUUAAUUCAACAUUAAAUAAUAAUAUAAAUGGUAGUAGUAUUGGAAAUACUGGUAUUAUUAUUAGUGGUAGCGGAAUGAGUAGUAAUAUUAAAGAAAUAAAAAUAUAUGAUAAGUGUACUGGUCCCGGUGACCCCGGUCCAUGUAAAAAUUUUGUAUAUAGAUGGCGAUAUGAACAAACAACUGAUUCAUGUAUACAAUUUAUAUGGGGUGGUUGUGAAGGAAAUAAUAAUAAUCGUUUUAGUACUGAAGCUGAAUGUCAACUUCAUUGUAUUGGUGAUCAACAUACACCAUCAACAAAUAUGGUUACAACAACCAAAAGUCCAGCUGAACCAACUGAAUCGGGUGAUGAUAAAAUUGAUAUACAAACACAAAUACCACCAGAUCAAAAUCGUCCACAACCAAGUGAAUCAAAUGAUCCAGAAUUAACAUUUGAGGAGAAUGGUACAGAGAAAACAUUUAUGUUUGCUAAAAAUAAUACUUUUAUACAAUUGGAUGGUGAAAUUAUACAAACAUUUCAAUUAAGAUUAUGUCGUGAAAUAUCAUUUGAUUUCCGAACACGUUUACCUCAUGGCCUUUUGGUUUAUCAUAAUGUUAAAAAUCCAGAUGGAAUUGAUUUAGCACCAUACGCAUUGUAUGUUAUAGUUGAGAAAGGACAAUUAAAAGUUGUACAUGUUUUUGGUAAACAUUCAACAAGUGUUACAGUUGGUGAAGGUUUAAAUCGUGAUGAAUGGCAUAGUGUUACGGUACGAAUUGAUGUACAUGGCGCUAGAUUAAUAGCAAGGGUCGAUAAUAGCCAAGAAGAAGUUUAUUUAAAAGGAUUAAAUCAUGAUACAAACUAUGGUGUUUCAACAAAUUUACCUUCAGUUGUAUUGGUUGGUGGACUAUCAUCUGAGGAGAAACUUCAUGGUGUUAAAUAUAUAAUUGAAUCAUUUGUUGGUUGUAUACGUAAAAUAACAUUAAAAUCUGGUAAAGCUGCAUCAGAUCUUUUACCUAUUAUGCCAUUAAUUGCUACAAAACAUGAAAAUGUCAAUGAAGGUUGCAUUAACAAAUGUCAUAGUAAUUCAAAUUUAUGUUUUGUUGGAUCAAGAUGUAUAAAUCAUUAUUAUGAUGUGUCAUGUGAUUGUUUUAGUACAAAUUAUGAAGGUGAAAAUUGUGACAUUUAUACUGCAACAAUAUUAACAUUACGUGGUGCCAGUUAUGUUUCAUAUCGUAUAUAUGAUUGGAAAGAUCGUGUACAUUCACCAUCAACACGUAUUAGUAUUAUAUUUAAAACUGGUUUUGAUGAUUCAGCAUUAUUUUAUGCUAGCGGUGAAUCAAUAAAACAACAAUAUAUUGCUGCAUCCCUAAAAAAUCAAUCAGUUUAUGUUGAAAUCGAUUUUGGUGAUAAUAUAAUGUCAGCAACAUUAGGUGAAGAAUUAAUACGUCAUGAUUGGCAUAAUUUAACAAUAAUACAUAAUCAAAGAACAGUUAGAUUAACAUUAGAUUAUCAAACAAAAAUAUUAGAAAUACCAUCAUCAAUAACAUCAAAAUUAUUAUUUGAUCCAGAAAUAUAUUUUGGUGGUAGUCCAGAUCCAUAUAAAAAAGGUUUAAUAUCACAUAAUAAUUUUGUUGGUAGCAUGAAAUAUGUUUAUUAUAAUGAUAUAUCAAUAUUAUAUGAAUUAAAAAAAGGAAAUCCUAAAGUUCAUUAUCAUGGCGUUCUUGAAGCUGAAUUUAAAGAAUCUGAAGUUGAUGUCAUUCCAAUUACAUACCCGUUUGCAACAUCUCACAUUUGGUGGCCAAUAAAUCAACCGAAUCAACUAAAUAUUAAAUUCGAUUUUCGUAGUAGUCGGACAACUGCUGUCCUUGCAUAUUGUGAUGUAAAAACUUCCGAAGGAAAUGGAAUUUGGGAGAUACGUUUAAGUUCCGAUAAAUUAAGUUUUGAUUUAAUGCCAAAUAGCACGAAUAAUUCAACACAUUCAAUUGUUAUUAAAAUAAAUCGUGCCACUUCAUGGCAUAGCAUAGAAUUUGAUUAUAGAAAUGAUACAAUUAAAUUUACAAUUGAUUAUCGUUAUACACAAAUACUUAAAUAUAAUUUAAAAUUUAAUAUCGGUGAUAAAGUUAUAAUUGGUAGUAGUUUAAAAUCAGCUGCAUCUGGUCUAAUCGGUUGUAUUCGUGAUAUUGAAAUAAAUGAUUAUUUAAUUGAACCACGUUAUGUUAUUAAAACAGAACGUGUUGUUGGUGAAGUUGCAUUAGAUAAUUGUAAUUAUAUUGAUCCAUGUAAACGUCCAAAUACAUGUGAACAUGGUGGUAAAUGUUUUGUUAAAGAUGAUCGUGUUACAUGUGAUUGUAAAGAUAUUGGUUAUAUUGGUAAAAAUUGUCAUUUUACAAAAUAUCGUAAGACAUGUGAAGAAUUAGCAUUACUUGGUUAUACAAAAUCCGAUGUGUACUUAAUUGAUAUUGAUGGUAAUGGUAUUUAUCCGCCGGCACAUGUUAAAUGUGAUUUUCAAAGUUUAGAGAAUGCAACAAAAACAAUUGUUGAACAUAAUUUACCAUCACAAGUUGAUGUUAGAUCAUUUAAAGAUAAAGAUUUUAGUUUUUAUAUUAAAUAUCGUGAAUUCUCACCAGAAAUGUUACAAGAAUUAAUAUCACAUUCAUUAUAUUGUACACAAUAUGUUAAAUAUGAUUGUUAUAAGGCGCCAUUAGAACUACAUGCAGCAACAUGGUUUACAUCAUCCGAUAAUAAUAUGACAGUAGAUUUUUUAGGUAAUGUUAAAAGAGGUGGUUGUCCAUGUUCCGUCAACAAAACAUGUACGGACCCAAAUCAAUCAUGCAAUUGUGAUGUCAAGGAAAACAAAUGGAAUUCAGAUGAAGGAUACUAUGUUGAACCUCAUAGUCUUGGUAUAACAAAUAUGUUUUUCCUACAGCAAAAGGAUCUUGAUGAAGAAGCACAAGGCAGAAUCACUUUAGGACCUUUGGAAUGUGUUGAAACAAAUACACAGAAAUAUGUGGUGACAUUUACCACAUCUCAAUCGUAUAUUGAAGUACCUGGUUGGCGUAAAGGUGAUAUUGCAUUCUCAUUUCGUACAACUGGUGAAAAAGCUAUACUAUUAUUUCAACCGCCUAUACGUCCAUCAUAUCCAUCAUUUAUGGUUGCAUUAACUGGUGAUUAUCAAUUGACAUUUAAUUUCACAUUAAAUACUGGUACUACAAAAGAAUUGGUUAUUGAUUCAAAUCGUAAAUUAAAUGGUGGUGAAUGGCAUAAAAUUUGGAUUGAUUAUAAUGAAUAUCAUGUUAGAUUUAUGAUAAAUACUGAUUAUAAAAUGGUUGAUUUACAAGCACAUGAAGAAUUUGGACCAUUUGAGGGUAGCAUGUAUAUUGGUGGUGCAACAGCGGAUCUUCUUAAAAAAUUAUCUGUUAAAGCUGGUCUCAUCGGUUGUUUCCGUGGUUUAGUUGUUAAUGGUGAAAUUCUUGACAUUUAUAGUUAUAUGUCUGUUCAUUUGUCGGAAAUAAUUAAAGAUUGUAAGCCAUCUUGUGUACCAUCACCAUGUAAAAAUGGUGCAGAGUGCAAAGAACUGUGGAGUACAUUUCAAUGUGUUUGUAAUAAUCCAUGGGCACAUUUAGGACAAUUUUGUGAAACAAAUAUUAAUGAAAAAGCACUAACAUUUAUUAAUCGUGAAUCAUAUUUAAAACGAAAUUAUUUAAAUAUACCAGAGGAUACAUUGAUACCAUCAUCAAUUGUUGAACGUGAUAUGUUAAAGGAUAUUCUAACACAAAAUAUUUUAAUUAAUUUACGUACUUAUGAUACACAUUCAUUGGUAUUAUACGCAAAUGAUCAUUUAAAUAAUUUUAUACAUUUAUUUAUAACAAAUUCAAAUGAAGUUGUAUUUAUGUAUAAUUAUGAAAAUGAAAUAAUUAAUUUAACAAUAUCAAAUAAUGAAUUGAAUACUGGUAAAAGUGUACAAGUUGCUGUUAUUAGAGAUGGUAUACAAACAAUAAUGCAUGUUAAUGAUAAAAAUGUAACAAUUGAUCGUGGUACAAAAUUAUUAGAAACAUAUUCAAAUAAACCAUGGAUUAAUCCAGAAAAAGAAGUUUUAUCACCGCAUCGACCACCAGCACCACCUACAGAAUAUUUUCAAUUUAAUAUUGGAGGUUAUGAUUCAACAAAUUUAUUACGAACAAAUUUAGAUUAUCCUGAAUUACAAGGUUAUAUUGGUUGUGUACGUGGGCUGAAAAUUGGUGAAAAUCUAAUCGAUUUAGCUAAAAUAAAUGAAAAAAAUAUCGCACAUGUUUUAGAUGGCGUUCUACCAAAUUGUCAAGUUAAAUGUGAUGCAGUACCAUGUAAAAAUGGUGGUAUAUGUAUUGAAAAUUUUGCGGAACAAACAAGUUCCUGUGAUUGUGAACAUACUAGUUUUAUGGGUGAAUUUUGUUCUGAUGAAAAAGGUGCUGAUUUUAGUGGUGAAUCAAUAUUACAAAGAAAAUUUGAAUUAAAUGGACCAGUUAAUAAUGUUAAAUUACAAUUGGCAUUUUCAAGUAAUGAUUUAAGGCGUACAGAACGUGUUAUGUUAGUUUUACAAACAAUUAAUGAACGUAGCUAUUAUUUAAUGGUUGGUAUAUCAACUGAUAAUUAUUUAAUAUUCGAAGAAGAUCGUGAAAAUGGUUUUGUUAGAGCUGAAGUAAGAAGAAAUUUUUUAAAUAAUGCAAGACAUUCAGUUUAUUAUAUACGUAAUGGUACUGAAGCUAGUCUAUUAAUUGAUAGAGAAAAAGUUGAAUUGAUUGAUGGUCCGGCACCACCAUUAAUGCAAUUAAUGGCUGAUUAUGGUGUUAAUGAAGUACAAAUUGGUGGUACAAAUACAACUGAUACAAGAUUUGCUGCUUAUAAAAGUUAUAGUGGUUGUUUGUCGAAUAUUUUCAUUCAAGUCAAUAAAUACUCUAUGAAACCCCUAGAAGAAUAUAUGUUAUUUACAAAAUCUGCCCCUGAUAAUAUAACAGUAGUGAAUUCCCAGGGAGUUAGAAGUGCUCAAUGUAAUUCACAUUUUGAACGAAGUGAACAUUUAAUGCCAGAACCAACAUUAAACUUUACUGUGGCAUCAGAUAAAACGUGGGUUGAAGAACCUCCUGUUAAAAUAGCAUACAUAGCUCAAUAUUUUGAUACAUCAACGAAAGAAGAACAAACACAAGUUGUAUUUAUUGUAUUAACAGCGUUAUUUGUUGUCAUUGUCAUUUGCUGUUUAAUUGAAGUUUAUCGUAGUCAUUUAGAAUAUAAAAAACGUAUUGAAAGACAAACAGAUGAAGAUAUUAUUUGGUCAAAAGAACAGGCAAAUCAAAUGCAUGAAUCUCCAGGAGUUCGACCAAAGCCAAUUAAUUUCACUCCAAUUAUAAAUGCCGGAAAUGAGAAAAAAGAACCAAAUUCAGUUCAAUUGGUUAGUAUUCUUAAGAAUGGUAGUGCAAAUCAGCCACCAGCAUCACACAAUCAACCACCAUUGCAAAUGAAACCAAGUUUGACACCAAAAACUUCAUUGAAUGGUAGUAUUCCACCAGAAAUUAUUGAAGAAGAUAGUGAAGAAGAUGAUAAAGAAGACGAUGAUGUAGUAGAAAAUGUUAAAGAUGAAGAAAAAAAUCAAAAUGAAAAUGUUAAAAAAGAGCAAUUAAAUGAAAAACGAAAAAAUAGUAAAGAUGAAGAUAGCGGUGAUGAAAUCAAUGAAAAUGUUCCACUUAUUUCUGACACUAAUAAAGAGCCGAAUUCCGUUGUUGCGAAAUCUUCAUUAAAUGCCGAAAAUAAAGAUGAAAUACUUCCGACAACUACUGAUGGUGCUAGUAAUGAAGUUAUAAAUACAAUACCAAUAACAACUCAAGCUAAUCAAGAACAAAUAAAACAACAUAAGCCUGUAGAACGGCAACAUCAAAAAAUACAAAAUGAUAAUGUUAAAAAACAAAAUGGUGGUAUACCAACAUCAAGAAAAUCAUCUCUUAAUUCGAAUCAUGAUAGUACAUCUGAUGUUGAUAGUGGUGGUGGAGGAGGAGAUCAUGAUUAUAAUGAGAUAGAAUCAGAUGAGAUUCGACAAACACAACACACUAAUAACGAAGCAAAUGAAAAUUCGAUAAAAAUUCAAAUAAAAGGAAAUUCAACAAAAUCAUCAAGAUCAUCAUCAACACCAUCAUCAGCAACAACAACAGCAAAAUUGUCAUCAACAGCAAAUUACAAUAAUAGCAAACCACCAAUGAUGAGAAAUCGUUUAACACGUCAAGUAUCAUGGGGACCAUCAUCAAUAGCUAAAUAUAAUACAUCACAAUUACCAUAUAAAAUUAAUGAAAUUUCAGCAUCAUAUGCAACAUUAGCUGGUGGACCAGCUACAACAAUAACUACCGCACAACCGGGUAUACAGUCAAUAACAAAAUUGAAAUCGUCCAAUUCAGCUCCAUCGGGAUUAUUUAGAAAUUUACAUUCAAUAGGAAAAAUACCAACAGCAGUAACAAGUGGAGGAGGAUCUUCAUCUGGAAAUUCAAUUAGAAAUAUUUCAUCACAAAAUAAAAGUGGAGGAACAUUAUAUCAAAAUUCAUCAGCAUCUAGGAAUGGUCAUUUCAAUAAUAAUUCAGAAAUGUUACAUUCGUAGCCCUUAUAUAUACAUAUAUAUAUAUAUGUAUAAUUAUAAUAAAUUAAUUAUAAAUAUUAUCUCAUAGUAUAUAUACAUUUAGAUUAUAUUCAUACAUAUAAAUAGGUUAUGUAGCUUAAAAAUUAUACCAUUUUUAUUAGAAAUUCAAAAGAAAAAUAAUAUUUUUACUAAUAUCAGUUAGAACUCUUUCAUAUUUGUAAAUUACUCAUAAUAAUUAAGUAUAACAGAAUUUACGAAUAAGUAAAAAAUAAAGUUUCAUUAUGUUUAAAUACGUAGAAUGCAUUCAUUUUGUUAUACGCGUAUAUAUGCAUUUUAAAAUUUAACAUAGUAAAAAUCAGAAAUAGGCUCCUCAUACGCUCACGAUAGAUUUUGUAAUGUUAAACAAUAUUUCUUUAGAUUUGAAUUGUUCAAUAUUCCUUCUUAAUUUACAAUAUUUCUUCUU